CAAGAAGAGACGAGAACUGCAUGGACUCAACAGAAGUGGAUAGUUCAGUCUUAUUAAGUGGAUUUUGACAGACUUUAGACAAUCCGUGUCUCCUGCUGGAUCUUUACGCUCUGCUCUCUAGAGGACGAUAUUGUUAUAUCUGCUCGGAACACUAGCUGGCAUGAGCUAAUAUGGAAACCAAACCUUUCUUGUCUCUAGAUUCAACAGGUCAGUUGUCCUCAUCACCGCUCAGUUCCCCGACAGUGCAUCGGCCAAUGGGGCCCCACCCACUCCACCCUUCCCUCCUGAGCCCGUCGGCUGUGGGUUCGGCGGGACAGCUCCACUCCCCGCUCAGCGCCCUCAGUUCCCCCAUCAACGGCGUGCCUUCCCCCUUCCCCGUCAUCGGCUCUCCACUCGGUCACCACGGCAUGACCACGUCUCCCUCCAACAGCAUGCCCUUUAACCCCAGCCUCAGCCCCCAGCUGAGUUCUCCCAUGAGUGCUGUGAGCAGCAGUGAGGACAUUAAACCUCCGCUGGGCCUUAACGGGAUGAUGAAGGUACCUGCCCAGCCUACAGCCACAUCUCUCUCAGUUUCCAAACACAUCUGUGCCAUCUGUGGUGACCGCUCCUCUGGGAAACACUAUGGAGUGUACAGCUGUGAAGGAUGCAAAGGGUUCUUUAAGAGGACGGUAAGAAAAGACCUGACCUACACGUGCCGAGACAACAAAGACUGUCCGAUCGACAAGCGUCAACGCAAUCGAUGCCAGUACUGUCGCUACCAGAAGUGUCUCGCCAUGGGGAUGAAGAGAGAAGCUGUCCAGGAGGAACGACAGAGGGCCAAGGACCGUAAUGAGAACGAAGUUGAGUCUACUUGCUGUGCCCACGAAGACAUGCCCGUAGAGAAGAUUCUGGAAGCCGAAUUAGCUGUGGAGCCCAAGACAGAGACAUACAUUGAGACAAACCUGGGCGUGCCCACCAAUUCACCAAACGACCCAGUCACCAACAUCUGCCAAGCAGCGGACAAACAGCUUUUCACUUUAGUCGAGUGGGCCAAACGCAUUCCGCAUUUUUCCGACCUUCCGCUCGACGACCAGGUCAUCCUCCUGCGAGCAGGGUGGAACGAACUUCUCAUCGCUUCGUUCUCCCACCGGUCGAUAUCGGUCAAAGACGGAAUCCUUUUAGCGACGGGUCUACACGUUCACAGGAACAGCGCCCACAGUGCGGGCGUGGGGGCCAUUUUCGACAGAGUGCUAACAGAGCUGGUAUCCAAGAUGCGUGACAUGCAGAUGGACAAGACAGAACUUGGAUGCCUGCGGGCUAUUGUCUUAUUCAAUCCAGACUCUAAAGGUCUGUCUAACCCCGGGGAGGUGGAAGCGUUGAGGGAGAGAGUCUACGCUUCCCUAGAGGCGUACUGUAAACACAAAUACCCCGAACAACCGGGCAGAUUUGCCAAACUCUUACUGCGGCUGCCGGCUCUGCGUUCCAUCGGCCUGAAGUGUCUAGAACACUUGUUCUUCUUUAAGCUCAUAGGAGACACGCCCAUUGACACUUUUCUGAUGGAGAUGUUGGAAGCACCACACCAAAUGACAUAACAGGAUGCUGCCUUAGACUUUUCUGUACCCUUCCCUACGGACAGGCGCAGGGUAACUUUGUCCAGACAGGUGGCCAAAAAAGCAACCCGCAAUUCGUAACAAGGCCGUAACCCAGAGACCCAACAAAGGCGACUGAUCCCUGUUUUUUUCCCCCAGUUUGAUGGACAGUUCACGAAAAGAAAAAAACAAAAAACAGUCUAUGAGACUAAUUCAAAACAUUGAUAACUGAAAUGAUGCGUUAUCCACAGGAGAUUAAAGACGUUUUUCUUUCUUAAACAGAGUGAUCGUACAGACUGAUUGUAAGUUCUUUGCGGGAGACGGUGGAAAAAAAAAAAAAAAAACAACAGAAGAGAAGGUGGAUUAAGAAUGUCUGUCAGAAGAAGGCAUGAAUUAAUAUUCAUUUAUACAGGUGAACAUCGAGUUAAGUUCCAAUAUGUCUUUGAGGAUAAGACUUAAAACGUCCAAAAUCUGGACGUCUGCCUGUGCAACUGUUUUUUUUUUUUUUUUCUGUGUAUAGCAAGCCUGGCUAAUUGGUCAGUUUUCCCUGAAGUACAUUUCUACGUGACUGUUUAUACGACGAGAUUCAAAACUCUGAAUUGGCCUGGUGACACCUCUUUUUAACACUGGUCCCUCCUGUCAAUCAAACAUCAGCGCCUCCAAUGCUUUUGCUAUUCAGAUGUCGGACUGGAUGCUGUGCUUUACAAACUAUGUUGACGUUAAUGAAACUGAUUUUUUUUUUUUCUCAAUCUAAAUAUUGGUAUACUUUGAU